ACCGGCCACCGGCCACCGGGACCCACGAGGCGGGGAGCGCCCUGCUCCCAGCCCUCCCUCGCCCCGGCGCCCCGCUGGGGCCGAGGAUGGCAUCGAUGCUGAGGCUGCUGCUCCUGCCAUCAGUUCUCCUGCUGGGGUCGCCCCCGGCCAGCGAGGGAUCCCACAGGGCCGAACCCAUGUUCACCGCCGUCACCAAUUCUGUCUUGCCCCCGGACUAUGAGAGCAACCCCACGCAGCUCAAUUACGGCGUGGCUGUCACGGACGUGGACCACGACGGGGACUUCGAGAUCGUGGUGGCCGGGUACAACGGCCCCAACCUGGUUCUGAAGUACGACCGGGCGCGGCGUCGCCUGGUGAACAUUGCGGUGGAUGAGCGCGGCUCCCCCUACUAUGCGCUGCGAGACCGUCAGGGCAACGCCAUAGGGGUCACUGCCUGUGACAUUGACGGGGACGGGCGGGAGGAGAUCUACUUCCUCAACACCAACAAUGCCUUCUCAGGAGUGGCCACGUACACCGACAAACUGUUCAAGUUCCGCAAUCACCGCUGGGAGGACAUCCUGAGCGAUGAGGUCAACGUCCGCCGGGGUGUGGCCAGUCGCUUCGCUGGACGCUCCGUGGCCUGCGUGGACAGGACGGGCUCCGGGCGUUACUCCAUCUACAUCGCCAACUAUGCCAAUGGCAACGUGGGCCCCGAUGCCCUCAUCGAAAUGGAUCCAGAGGCCAGUGACCUCACCCGGGGCAUCCUGGCACUCAACGAUGUUGCGGCUGAAGCAGGGGUCAAUAAAUACACAGGGGGUCGUGGAGUCAGCGUGGGCCCCAUCCUCAGUGACAGCGCUUCGGAUAUCUUCUGCGACAAUGAAAACGGCCCCAAUUUCCUCUUCCGCAACCGGGGUGAUGGCACCUUCGUCGAUGUGGCUGCUAGUGUCGGGGUAGAUGACCCACACCAGCAUGGGAGAGGGGUGGCACUGGCCGACUUUAACCGCGACGGGAAAGUGGACAUCGUCUAUGGCAAUUGGAAUGGGCCACAUCGCCUCUUCCUGCAGAUGAGCAACCACGGGAAAGGCCGCUUCCGGGACAUCGCCACCCCCAAAUUCUCCAUGCCCUCUCCAGUCCGUACCGUCAUUGCAGCCGACUUCGAUAACGACCAAGAGCUGGAGGUCUUCUUCAACAACAUUGCCUCCCGGGGUUCCUCCAUCAACCGCCUCUUCCGGGUCAUCCGCCGGGAACAUGCAGACCCCCUCAUCGAAGAGCUCAAUCCCGGGGAUGCCCUGGAGCCCGAGGGGCGGGGUACAGGGGGUGUGGUGACAGACUUUGAUGGAGACGGGGUGCUGGACCUGAUCUUAUCCCACGGGGAGUCCAUGGCGCAGCCUCUUUCGGUCUUCAGAGGGAACCAGGGCUUCAAAAACAACUGGCUGCGAGUGGUGCCGCGAACCCGCUUCGGAGCCUUCGCCCGAGGGGCCAAGGUGGUGCUCUUCACGAGGCGGAGCGGCGCGCACCUGAGAGUGAUCGACGGUGGCUCGGGCUACCUGUGCGAGAUGGAGCCCGUGGCACACUUCGGCCUGGGGCAAGACGAGGCCAGCAGCCUGGAGGUGACAUGGCCCGACGGCAGGGUUGUGAGCCGCGGAGUGGCCAAGAGCGAGAGGAACUCGGUGCUGGAGAUCCCCUACCCCUCGGAAGAGGAUGAGCUCCCCCAGCCCGUCACCCUGGAGUGUGGCCAGGGAUUCGCCCAGCAAGAAAAUGGACGCUGCAGGGACAGCGAUGAGUGUAUCCAGUUCCCCUUCGUGUGCCCCAGGGACAGGCCGGUGUGUAUCAACACCUACGGGAGCUACCGCUGCCGUGCCAACAAGAGGUGCAGCCGGGGUUACGAGCCCAACGAGGAUGGCACUGCCUGUGUGGUAGCUGCAAUGGCCCCUCAGAGUUACUGACUGAACAGCCGGGCGGCCAUCUUUGAAAAGGGAAAGAGAAGCUUGGAAGUCGAUGAUAUUUUCGUAAACAGAGUUGUUUGUGAAUUCUUUCUUUGCAUGUUUUCUGAGAAAACAGAACGAGGACUCCUCUCCACCCCUCCCCCAGAUCCCAAGGCGGCCCUAGUUUAUCUGUAUUGGUCAGUGUUGUCAACUUUCUCUUUUUCCGUACGAUUUUGCCCUCAACAGAGAUAGUGGCUCCCAGGUGGUGGCUUGCUCAAUUGACUUGAUGAUGUACCAUGGUCCUGCUGGUUUGGUCUGUGCUGUUUCUGCUUUGCCCGCCCUGACCCCGUACUUCGGGUGUUUGGGAUUGUCUUGGUGGGGAGGGGAGAUUCUUUGGAUUUCUUGAUUUUAAAAGUGUUAAAGUUUUAACCUGCUAAGUCUUCCAGCCCCUUCUUCAGAGAAAUGAUGCCAAUAAACUGUAUCCUGUACAUUAGA